GAUCACCCAGCGGGAUAAAUUGGCGUUACUCAGGUUUUUUUGCCAAGAUGGCUGCCAGUUGGUUGUCUUAUACGCAGGUCCAGUGUCUAUAUCUCCUAAUAACAUUUCCGAUUCUAGGGCUCUUUUGAACGCUUUUCGCUCAUCAUUCUGUUUCGUCGAAUGGGUUGCAUAUUCGUACAGAAUAAGGCGCAAAACUAACUUUUCGAAUCGCAGUCAAUUAUUGACCUUUUCUUCAAUUAGGCGAGUAAAAUACGAGGCAAAUGACCCAAAUUCGAUGUGAGGGGGGUUUUCAAUGUCGCUGAAUUCAUUUCUGAGAUUAUUUUUACACAUUACUCAAAUCUAGUCUCAAAAAAUCGAGUCCAAACUUGAUCUAUCGAGCUUGAAAGCUGUGUUUGGUACCAAAUUAUACGUUUCUGAACUACCAAAACCGAAAAUUAUUUCAGUACUCUGUACUGAAACCAGAAGAAGGCUUUUGAAAAGGAGGGAAGAAUUUUUUAAAUGAACUGAAAUAUUACAUGGCGUAAUAAUGUAUAGAAAUAUUUGAACUUUUCAUGAACGAAUUUGAAAAAUAUUUCAGUGCUGAAACAAAAUGACUUGAGCAUGGGAGAAGAAUGGAUUAACAUAAUACUCGUACCUCCUAUGCCAAAUUCAUAAUGAAAAAAUUCCAAACUUAAUUGUGUAAUUUUAAUCGGUGAUAAAUUUUUUAAAAAUUAUUAAAUUCGUUCAAAACCUCCACUUUUCGAAUAAUUUUUGUGCCUUGUGAAGUUUAAAUUAUGCAACUUAUUCGACACUUUUCAAAUGUAUUCGCGUUUUUCUCCGUUUAAAAACCCCUUGCGAACGUAAAAUAAAUGAUUUAAGGGUGAAUGGAGGGCACGAAGUUCAAAUUUACAAUUUUCACAAAAGUCAGGGAUGCCAACUUACCAGAUUAAAAAUAACUUUACUUCGAAUUUCUUGAAAAUCAUAUUCGUUGAAAAACUCCACGUUUCGAAUGAUUUUUCUGCCUUGAGAGUAGGCAACUUCUUCGACACUUUAGAUUAUUUUCCCAUUUUUCUCUUUUUUAAAGCCCUUACGAACGUUCAAAAAGGCGAUUCUGAGGUAAAUCUAGGCCACCGAGUUCAAAUGUACAAUUUAUUUCAGUCAGGGAUGCCAACUUCCCGGUUUAAGAACAGAUUACCAUAACAAUUGUGUUUUUCUCUGAUCAUUUCCGUCAUGAAAAAUUAAACAAUUGAAAAACCCCACGUUUCGAAUGAAUUUUGCCCCUUAUGAGUAGGCAACUUCUACGACGUGUUCAAAUAUUUUCAGUUUUCUCCAUUUUAAAACCCUCUACGAACGUGAGAAAGACCAUUCUGCAGUAAAUCGAGACCACAGAGUUCGAAUUAUUUCAGUCAGGGAUGCCAACUUACCGGAUUAAGAACAGGUUUACAUGAAAAUCGUGUUAGUUUCAUUGAAAAAAAUCCCACUUUUCGAACGAUUUUUGCGCCUAGAGAGUAGGCAACUUUUCCGGCACAAUUAAUUUAUUUCAGCCAGGGGUGCCAAUUUUCCGCAUUAAAUUUAUACAUACCUAUAUAAACCUAAAGACUCAAAUUUGUUGAAAAAAGCUCACGUUUCGAAUAAAUUUUUUGCCUGCAGAGUAGGCAACUUCUUUGACAGCCCCAAAUAUUUUCACAUUUUUCUCUAUUUGAAAACCUUUUAUAUGUACUGGUUUCAUCCUAAAAAAAAAAAAAAAAAAAAUGCAAUUCUGGGCUAAAUAUGAGCCGCUCAGUUCGAAUUGACAAUUAAAUCCUGUCAGAAAUGCCAAAUAAUCGGCACUUUACAUCAAAAUCGAAUGUCUUAGUCAACUUUCAUCAGAUUUAGCGCUCAAAAUUCGAAAUUUUCCUAGAAAAUAAGGUUCGGCGAUAACGACUUUUUGACCACUUUCAUAAAUUCAAUCAAAUUCAUCAUGAUCACAGCUACUGCCCUUGCUGACAUUUUGACAAAGCUAUCGAAGUAAGUUCGUAAGUUUCCCUGUUCUUCGCUCUACAUUUUGUAUACCUACUAUAGCAUCAUGUCACUCUUGUUUUGUUUUCAUCAUUCGUAGAAAUAUGCAACAUUGUUACAAAAAUUCAACUUCGUCAACAAAAAAAAAAAAAAAAAAAAAAAAAAAAAUGAAAGAACUUGAAAUCAUUCUUGCCAAGAAAUAUAUGGUUACCUACAUAUACCAAACACGAAACCUGAAUAGUUUUUCCUUCGUGGACGAUAAAUUUACAUAUGCAACAGAAAAAACAAUCAUCUGGAGAUUUUCUUGAAUAAUCACAUUAUCUAUUGUUUAAAAUGAAUCGUAAUACGAAAACCGGAAAAGAAAAGUAUGCUAGUCAUAUGACAUUUGACGAAUAUGGUCGACCAUUCAUCAUUUUACGAGAACAAGCUGAAAAAGAGCAGAUCAGCGGCGUUGAUGUAAUCAAGGGUCAUAUUUUAGCAGCCAAAGCUGUAACAUCGAUAAUGAAGUCAUCGUUGGGUCCUAAAAGUUUAGACAAAGCUAUGCUGUCUCCAGACGGAGAUUUAAUCGUUACCAACGACGGUGUGACAAUUUUACAACAAAUGGACGUAGAUCACGCCAUCGCAAAAUUAUUAGUCGAGUUAUCAGAAUGCCAAGAUAGUGGAGUAGGAGAUGGUACCACGGGUGUUGUUGUUUUAGCAGGUGCUCUAUUAGAAGAAGUAGAUAAAUUAAUCGAGAAAGGAAUCCAUCCGAUUAGAAUUGCUGACGGGUUCGAAUUAGCCGCUCAAUUUUGUAUGAAACAUUUGGACUCGAUUAGCGAACAGAUUUCGGUGGAUAAAAAUAAAGAUUUCUUGAAGCGAAUCGCUAUGACGUCGUUGAGAUCAAAAAUAGUUAGCAAAUGCACCGAGAAGUUCGCUGAAAUGGCCGUCGAAGCAGUUUUGAAAGUUGCAGAUCUUGAAAACAACUUCAUCGAUUUGGAACGUAUCAAAAUGGAUGGUAAAACUGGCGGUUCGUUGGAAGAUACAAUGUUGGUGAAUGGUGUCGCUCUAGAACAGCAAUUCUCUCACCCUCACAUGGAAAAGGAAUUGACGAAAGCUGCUAUUGCUGUCGUAGCUUGUGGAUUGGAAAUGCCCAAACCGAAUCAAGUGAAAGCUUAUUUAGAAAUGGCAUCUGUCGAUACGUUUAAAGAAGUUAAAGAAUACGAACAAGAAAUUUACGACCUGAUGGUUAACAAACUUGUUGAAGUUGGAGCGAAUUGUGUAGUUUGUCAGGCUGGAAUCGAAGAUACCGCGAAUUAUUUAUUAUUACGUACGAACACGAUAGGUCUGCGAUACGUAUCUGAACGUGAGAUCGAACUUAUGCGAAGUGCCACUGGUGCCAAAGUAGUAGCACGUUUUGAAGAUUUAACACACGAAAAACUUGGAUUUGCUGGAUCAAUUCGGGAAAUAUCAAUCGGUACCGAUAAUAGUCGACUGGUUCUUUUUGAAGAUUGUCUGAACUCUUCAGUUGUAACGAUAUUGAUUCGAGGAGGCAAUAGCCUUAUUAUCGAAGAAGCAAAAAGAAGUUUCCACGAUGCUCUGUGUAUGAUAAAAAAUCUCAUUCUCGAAAAUAAAAUCGUAUACGGCGGUGGUUCUUGCGAACUUUCGUGCGCUAUUGCCGUUUCUAAAGAAGCUGAUAAAAUCUCAUCUUUAGAGCAGUAUUCAUUUCGAGCUUUCGCCGAUGCCUUAGAAAGCAUUCCUAUAACGCUGGCCGAAAAUUGUGGUUAUUCUCCUAUCCAUUUGGUGACAGAAACAAAAUCCAGACAAAUUUUAGAAGAAAAUCCGUUCUUAGGUAUAGAUUGUAUGCAAGAAGGAACUAGCGAUAUGAAAAAGCAACAAGUAAUUGAAACUUUGCGCAGCAAAAAACAACAAAUACUUUCGGCGAUGCAAGUUGUCAAGCAAAUUUUGAAAAUUGACGAAGUUAGAGCUACCGAUAAAAAUUAUGGUAAACAUGCACCCUCGCAAUUUUUCUAAGUCGAAGAAAUAAUAUUAUGUGAAUUUCGUAUAUUGCUAAUUUUUUAGUCUAAAUUUUCUUGUAUUGUAAGAAAAUAAUAAAUUGGUAGGUACUUGCGAUCUUAUAGUUUAUACAUUGGUAAUUUUGAACUCUUAUAAUGAAAUUAAUUUCGAAGA